AUGUACAGAUACAACAACAACAAUAUUUAUUUGAAAAGAUUUAUUUAUUUAUUUUCAUUACUUUUUUUAUCAAUAAUUAAAAUUAAAUAUAUACAAAUAUAUAUCUAUAAAAAUAUUAAUAUUAAUAUAAUUACUUAUUUACACAACCAAAAAGUAUUUGAAAAUGGAUGUGUUGUAAAUGGACAGUUAUUAAAAAUCGAAAAGGUGCAGACCUAUCCAAAAACAAAGAUAUCAGACGGUGAGAAUUGUAAUACAGGAUUUUCAGUUGUAUUCUCUCAUGAUUUCGCUAUCGUGAGUUCAUUGGCGUUGUUGGAUGUCGUUCCGUACAGUACUACUAGAUAUCCAACUGUAAUGAAUCCGAUUUCACCUACAAUGAGCUCACUUAGUUAUGACAUUACAAUUCGACCUGAUCUACAAACAUCUACCGGAAACUUUUCAUUCACAUUGAAUUAUAACGAUCAAUUUAUUUUUACUGAUAUUGUAUCUUUAAUUUGUGAUGGAAUUGCACCUGAGGAAUUUAAUGUUAUAAAGAUGUAUGAACCAACUAUAUUGAAAAGUGAAUUGAGUUUCUUUGUAAAGUUGAAUUUUACCUAUGAAGGAUAUCCCACUUUCAGCCCUAGAAUGACUUGUAGUAUGGCAGCACCCUAUACAUGUACUCAUGUAGAUACGGUUACCAACAAUGUCUUUCACUUCAAAAUCACACUCUCACCCACUUACCAAUCGAUUUCCUCCACUCUCAAUGUCACUCUCAUCUACAACUCAAAAUAUCCGGCUUUUUCACUGCCUUUAAUCAAUUCAUUAUUCCCAUAUAAUGUUACAAGCGAAAUUCCUUUAUUAUCUCUUAUUAGAACAUUUCCAAUAGUUACCAAUUCAGUUUUCAAAGAGGAUUUCACACGUCAACAACCUACGAUGGCAGUCAAAACAAUUGUCGAAACAAAAUCAGAGUUGAAAUCGAUUGUAUCGUACAAUGUCGUCGAUGGUGGAUAUUAUACGGGAUGUGAAAUCGUUUCCAAUGGUGCAGCAACUGGUGUUUCCUAUUUAUGUGGAUCCAACAUGGCCAUCAAUAACCUAGUAUUCUUUUUGGCAGAUUCAUAUAGUUUAAUCUCAAACAAGACAAUGACAACCGUUUUAUAUCCAACUGCAGGUGUAACCUAUGACAACAAAGUUACUCAAACUCCUUCAUUUCAAUUGAAUUGGAUUACCCUACCUCCUAUAAUGGAACGUUCAACUUCAACAGAGAGAUUCCUAUUGCUACCGAAUUCAAUGGUUAUUGUUGAUUAUAUAUCUUUGACACCUUUACAAUAUAUCAUGAGAAUCCAAGUUGGCUCAAACUAUGAAAUCAUGGGAGUUACAUAUAAUGGUUUCUUUAAAUCCAUUAGUUGUGUCGAUGGAACUCUUCUCAAUGGUACUUGGGAGAUUGUUUUUCAGGCAAACACAAUCAAUAUCGUAAGUCUUAUGGUUAGAAACUCCAGAGGAGAUUCUAUUUCAAUUAGUCCAUACCAAUUUUACAGCCCACAGUUCGACUAUUUACAAGCUCCACCACUUGAUCUUAAUUGUAAAAGAGUAAUGGAUUUCUCUAAGGGAGAAUAUGAUAAUGUGCUUUACUUUAAUUUCACAAGACCGAUGGCACAUGCUUCAGAGCUAUUCCUUUAUAGCAGCAGUGUUUUGAUUGAUAUAUCAAGCGUAUUCAAGACGGCAUUCGAUCCAAAGACAAAUCUUUAUUUCAUCCGUUUCACUUUACCUAGAAACUAUUUGAAUGGUAUUGUUAAUUUCUUCCUUGGUAACAAUGUUUACUACACCGAAAGAUACAAAAUACCAAACAGUAAUGUUACAGUUAUAAAUUCUGUUGGUGAUAUGUUACAACCUGAAAUCAAUGGAUUGAAGGCAUAUCCUUCGAAUAGUAUAGAGAUAAACGGUGAUGAAGGAGAGGUUACAAUCGGUUGGAAUAUAACUAUUGUUGAUGCAGUAGUUGGAUUUACAUAUGGUGUUUUCGAAGUUAGAUCAAACUAUGACCCAAUGCCAAGACUUGUUAAUGUUUCAGUUGCAAACAUAAUAGGUACAGGAACUCCCCAGAGAGCUACAUACGCUCUCUAUACCACUGUUCAAGCCAAUUGUAGAUCACAAAACUUUACCAUCGGUAAAAUUACAUUUGGAAAUGAACUUAAUCUAUAUAAUCCAUUGAUUGCUCUUAUUGGAUCACCAUAUAUAAAUAUAAGUGAAGCAACUAUAAAUGUAGUUUGUAAAUCUAUCCCUGAAAAUACUCCACCAAAGUUAAUUGAUUUUAGUUUUACAGAAACGGUCAAUGUUUAUUCUUUGAAUAGAGGUGUGGAGUUUACUUUUUCGGUUUCAGAUGGCGAUGGUGGUUCGGGAGUUUCACCUAUUCACAAUCCAUAUAUUCUAUUGACAUCCGAGGAUAGCAGUUUUAUAAAAAUAGAGAGUUCGGUGCAAAAUACAAAUGGUUCAUAUGCUAGUUAUACAGCUGCUGGUGUGCUACCGUAUGGAUUUGGAUUUAGAAGUAUUGUGGUUUCAGUUUAUGGUUUGGUUGACAACCAGUUAAAUUAUGCUGCCUAUAUGUCAUCGGAUUUAAUGGCAUCAAACUUUGGAUACUAUAUCACUAGAUUGUCAAAUCCAAGAUACCCAUUCUUGGAAAGUGGGUCAUUAAUGACAACAAGAGGUGGACCACUGAAUCUUUUGGGAAAUCUCUUUGGAAAUAAAGCGGAUUACAAUGUUCUUAUUGAUUAUAAAGAUGGAGCUGGAUUCAAAAAUACACCAAUCAACUUUAUCAGUGGUGUAUUCUUGAAUGUUACAACAUUGCCAUUCCCUAUAUCUAUUGAUGUCAAAGUUUCCAAAGGUGGAUUGGAUUCAAAUAUCCUAACAAUCGUUGCUUCAGAUUAUAUUCCACCAGCACCAACCACAACACCAAAUAUAACGUCAACACCAAAUGUUACGACGACACCGAAUACAAAGACAUGUCCAGGUAAUCCGAUUUGCAACAACAAAGGAAAAUGUAAUCUUCAGACUUUGGAAUGUGAAUGUAUUCCGAAAUGGUAUGGUCCAUCAUGUGCAUCUGAAAUCAUCAUCAUUCCAACACCAACACCACAACCACAACCAACAUCCGAAACAACUUAUGUAUAUGAUUCCAAAAAUAUAACCUCAGUUGUUGAGGUGAUUGCCGUGAGAGAAUUGGAUGAUAUUUACAAUGUUGUCAAUGAAUAUCAAAUCUCGAAUUGGACAUUAACAGUCGCAGAUCCAAAAUUAAUCACAAUUCCAACAUAUUAUUAUCAAACACAACUUGGAAACACUUCAACAACAUUGAAUGUCACAAUCGAAUUCUUUACAAACCAAACCGAAAGACAAUUUGGUGAUCAAAACAUAACACUUUCACCAUCAUCAAUCAAAUUCUCAAUGUCAAUUGGAAGAUAUCAAUUCCAAUCAAAAACAAACUAUCUUCAAGUUGUAAUGGCAGCAACCAUUCAAGGUUCUGAUGGAUCAUGUUCAUCGAAAUCGAUUGGAUCUGGAAAUGAUAACAAUGUUCGAUGGAUCAAAAUGAAUAUUGACAAAACAAGUCUUUAUGGAAGAUUCAUCACCUAUGGUAUCAUUGAUGGCAAUGUCCGAACCAUUGAGAAUCGACUCAUUGAAGAUGAUGAAGAACCCGAAACUUCACAAACCAGAACAACCAAAGUUGGUAUUACAAUUCCAAACUUUGAUGAUUCCGUUCUCUUGGAUCCUGACUUUUCGAAUCUCAUCGAUGUCAACAACGAUUCCAAUGAGAAUGAAAUCUGUCAAUCAAAGAAGAAACUCAGUAAUGGUGCAAUUGCUGGAAUCGUCGUUGGUUGUGUCGUUGCCAUCGCAUUGGUUAUUGCUACUGUACUGUACUUGAGAAAGAGAGCAAAGUUUAGAAAAGAGCAAUCCAAAAUGAGUGCAAAAUUAAAAAAAAAUGAGCAGCAGUGA